AUGUCUAUUGGUAUUCCAACAGCCGCUUUCCGUGAAAUCAUCGAAUACAUCCAUCGCGAUCCGCAAUGGGACACCAUCCUCAGGGCAUGCAUGCUAGUGAACAAAGCUUGGGCGAACAUCGUAAUACCUGUUUACUGGAGGACACCUUUCAAAAAGAGUGCAACAGUCAACGGCGAAAUAAUGAAAUCAUCGACCCUAAUUCGGUUACUUAACGAAGAAGAAAGAUCAGAAAUUCGAUUUCAAUUGCCUCCGAUGUGGUUGUCUACCGUGCUUCCUUAUCCUUACUUUAUAAAGGAACUUGAUCUGUAUGCCAUGUUCGAGUCUGUUGGAGCUUGGGUUGAUAGCACUAAAACCGCACCUAUUGCUGACAGUAGUGUAUCCAUGGAUUUGUUUCUUUCUAAUCAGAUGAAUCAAAUAAUACAGGCGCUAUUGAAGAUGUUUGAUCGGUAUUCGGCAAGGUUGAACGUGCUCAGUUUGAUUAUGAAGUAUAGCAGGCAGUAUUACUUUAGGGCUGCUGAUGCGAUUGCGUUGUUUUGUGACAAAAAUGAAACGUUGGUUUCCGAUACGAAUAAGAUAGUUAUUGAUGGAGAAUGUAGAGACAAUGAGUUAUACAAAGCUUUAGCAAAAACAUGUCGGCGCGUGGUAGGUAAAUUGAAGACUGGUGCUAUAUUGUUUGCAAUGGCCGAUGAUCUAAUUGAUCAACUGUUUAUAGGAACAUCUCUCUAUAACAGUGGACAGUAUAACAGGAGACUUGACAAAGUGUCACAACCUCUCACUUCUAAUUUCUGCACAACAAUCCUUGCUAUUUCGGAUCAGUCAAAGACUCUAUCCUAUGUGCGGUUUGAUGGCUUUGAUUUCACCCACUCGGAGCCACUUCAUAAAUUAGCGUUGUGCAGAAAUCUGAAGAAACUGGUAUUUAUAAACUGUCAAGGGUUAAAUUCUAUAAUGAUUUUCCCCUUAACCGUUGCCGACUUUCCAGUGUUAAAAGAAGUCGUUGUCGAGAAUAGCGAGCAUGGGAUGUUACAAGGAUGGGCAAGAGGAAUUAAUGCUAGAUCAAGAAGGCUAUGA